GUAGCCAUGGUGUUGACAGGGUUAUUUAAGUAAAUUAAAAAUGUGUUUUUAGUGGUUAGUGUAUUUGUGUGGAUAUUUUACCGAUAAAUUAUUAUUGUAAACAUGCCCAAUAAAAAAGAAGGAAAAUCAAACCCUGGUCUUCCCAUGGGCUUAGCUGAAACAAAUGAAAAUGGACAAUCCUAUGAUCAAAGGUGUCUAUUUCAAACUUUUCAGAGAAUUGUUAUUGUUUUAUUGUUGGGUAUUUUUGUCGUAGUGGUAUCUGCAUUAAUUUUAAAAUAUAUAGAAGUUGACGUAGAAAAUGUUUAUAGAACGGAAACCGUAUUUAUUUCAAAACAGAAAGAACCACCCAAUGACGCCUUUUCAUCUAAAAAUAUCAAGGCACAUUAUCAACUUGAAAACAUAGGGAACUAUCCUGUUAGAAGUAAAAGAGAAAUUUCAACUUUAAACAAAAACAACUCAGGUAAAAAUGUAAAAUUUAGAGAUAAUAAGUUUCAAAAAGCUAGAAAAUUAUUAACGGAACAUAACAUUCUAUGUAAUGGAAAUGAGCAUAAAGAAGCUUGUAAAGAAAUGAUUAAUCAAAUAAAAUUACUAUCAGAAGGCAAAAUAUCUGACCAUGAAUUUAAAACAAAAAGGACUGAUAAUGUGAAUAUAUUAAAACCAAAGACUCUUGUAAAAAAAGAUAGAACAAAUGAUGAACAUUCUGGAAAUGGUGAUUUAUCAAAACGGGAACUAGGUACAGAUGUGCAUAACUCUGAACCAUUUGCACUAUUUAAAAGAAAUCCAGUAGAUAUACCAUAUCCUAUCGAUCCGUCCACGCCAGGACUAGCGAGCACGUGCCUGUUAGCUCGCCUUUUGAAAGACAGCAGUAAUUUAUAUGGUUAUGAGAGAAUGGAUUAUGACCCGAAUUCACCAAUCCAUCCCAGACGAAUGCCGAUGACUUUUUUACCUCCGUAUUUACAAAGCCAUCAUGAUCACUCAGAUAAAAUUGCACAUCCACAGGAUAUUCAAAUUGCGAUGAAGAUGAGAGCAAAAGAGGUUUUAUCAAAAGAUGCAGAUUCAAAUGACCUAGUACGCGUAGAAGAAUGCCCUGCGGGUAAAGUGUCUUGCGAUAAUGGAAAUGCGUGUAUAAGUGAAAGCUCAUGGUGUGAUGGAAAUGUAGAUUGUGAUGACGUCAGCGAUGAAUCUCACUGCACUUGCAAGUCCCGCGUUGAUAAGUCCAGAGUGUGCGAUGGAUACUUCGAUUGUCCUUUUGGGGAAGACGAAAUGGGAUGUUUUGGUUGCACUGGAGAAACUUUCAGUUGUGGUGACCCGGAUUCCAUUUCGGAUAAUAUAUGUUUCACAAAAGAACAACGCUGCAAUAACAUUAACGAUUGCCCCAAUAACAAAGAUGAAAUCGACUGCAGCAUGUUAUCACCAAGCCUUCAUAAGAAACCUCUGUUCGCAAUUUCGAACACUGAGGGGUUUUUGCAUAGGAAUUUCAAAGGGACCUGGUAUGCGGUGUGCAACAAUCCAUACAUGUGGGCACAUGAUGCGUGCCGACGUGAGACUGGACUUAUUGUCAGGCCUCCACACAUUCAAUUUCUCCAUAUAGAUCCAUUGCUCAAAAUAAACUACAUCAACACAGCACCCGGUGGUUUAAUAAAUACCAGUACUACAUGUCUUAAUUCUUCUGCAGUGUAUGUAUCCUGUCCAUACUUAUUGUGUGGCACGAGAAUAUUAACCACAUCCCAACUUUUGAGAGAAAAAGCCGAUAUAGAAAAUCAAUUAUUUGGACGUAACAAACGAUUUCUACUAAAUAGUGAACCUUAUCCCUUUUCAUUUUAUGAUACUCCACUGUACCGUCGUAAAAGAGAUGCAUCGUCAAUGUCUACUGCAUUUGAAAAGGUUAAUAGUAACGACGAUGACAAUAAUAGUAACGACGAUGACAAAGAUAGAAUAAAAAGAAUGGAAAGUAGAGUUGUAGGGGGCAAACCUAGCCAACCAGCUGCGUGGCCCUGGGUGGUGGCUUUAUAUCGAAAUGGAAUGUUCCACUGUGGUGGUGUUAUUCUAAGCCAAAAUUGGGUCAUGUCAGCUGCUCAUUGCAUUCAUAAGUUCUGGGAGCAUUACUAUGAAGUUCAGGUGGGGAUGUUGCGCCGUUUCUCUUUUUCGCCUCAAGAGCAAAUCCAUCGAGUUACUCAUGUUAUUAUGAAUCAAAACUACGACCAGGAAGAUAUGAAGAAUGACCUCUCUCUACUCAGAGUAAAACCUGUUAUUCAGUUUAGCCGUUGGGUUCGUCCUAUUUGUUUACCUGGACCAGAAGUGGCCGGAGAGGACUGGAAGUGGGGUCCACCUGUGGGUACUAUUUGUACAGCUGUUGGCUGGGGUUCAACUGUUCCACACGGACCUGAUCCUGAUCACAUGCGAGAGGUAGAAGUCCCAAUAUGGGAUCAAUGUAAUCAUCGAGAAGAUCAAGCUGGAAGGGAAAUAUGCGCAGGGCUCGCAGAAGGUGGAAGAGAUACCUGUCAAGGUGACAGUGGAGGACCGUUGUUAUGCAGAAAUCCAUCCAAUGCUCAACAAUGGUACGUAGCAGGAAUUGUAAGUCACGGUUAUGGCUGUGCACGUAAAGGCGAACCUGGUGUUUAUACGAGAGUGAGUCUCUUCGUCCCAUGGAUUAAAUACUUCAUGUCUUUAAAAACGUUACCAAUGAUUCAACCAAAGCAAGAGUGCCCUGGAUUCCGGUGUGAAUCUGGAAUUUCAAGAUGUCUUCCGAAAAAGCGAAUGUGUGAUAAGAUUAUAGAUUGUUUGGAUGGAGAAGAUGAAAUCAACUGUGAAGAGCAAACAUUGAAAAAGUUUGAACAAAAUAUUCUUACUAAUAUAUUAGGUAGAGACGCCAAUGUUACAACAAAUACAGAAAGUGGUAUUGACGAAGACAUCAAAUCGAGUACGCCAUCCGAAAAUAUAAAUAAAACAAUUACAACGGAAAUUCCCACUUCAAUGGAAACAACUACAAAUAUACUUGUAAAUGCCACAGAUUUAAAUCAUCUUUCCUUCAACAAUACUUCAAAUAUACAUAUAAAUACAACUACUCCAUUCAAUAAAACAGAUACUGAAAAAAUAGAUAACGACACUCAAGAAACCAGUGAAAAUAUACAAUAUAUUCCAACAGUUGAUACUUCUGGAUCUACCGAUGAAACGGAAGUCGGAGAUGUAGAGAAUUUCAGUGAACAAGUAACAGCAGAUCCUAUUAAAUUAAUAAUGACUGAAUCUACAAUUUUACCACAUGAUAUAAACAAAAUCGAAUCAUUGAUAAAUAAACCAAUAAAUAAUACUCACCACGUAGAAGCAAUAACAUAUUCAAAUAAUAUGACCACUGCUCAUCCAAUUACUACAACUGAAGAAGUAGAAAUAGUUACGCCUAUAUCUAAUACUCAAACAAAUUAUCCAAUAAUCACUACACCUGAUAGUAUGUUAGCGGAAAAUUCCACAACUACAAUUAUACUGAAUAAUAAUGACACGUCACAUUUGCUAAAUAUUGGAAAAAACGACACAAACUCUUCUAAUGAGAAUUGGCCAGAAACAACAACAGGAGCUGAAUAUUUAACAACUACUAUUAAUUUCAUAAAUGAAAUCCAUAAUACUACAACCGAAUUUCCUAGCACACAACAUAAUUUUAUUGAAGGAAAUAAUGAUUCUAUAAAUGAAGUGAUACUUCAAGUACCAAAAAAUUCUAGUGAGCAUGAGAUCAAACCAGCAAGUGUAAGAAAAAAACAUAAAACUCCAUUAUUCUAUCAAUGUCGUAGAAUCGAUCAGAGCAUUUUAUACAAAUACCGAUGUGAUCACAAAGCUGACUGUGAAGAUGGUACAGAUGAACUAGACUGCACAUGUACAGAUUAUUUAUCUACAUUCGAAAACCAAUUACUCUGUGACGGGAACUUCAAUUGUGCGGAUGGUCAAGAUGAAAUCGAUUGCUUUGGUUGUGAAGACGGAGAAUUUCUCUGUAAACGAAGUCAAAUUUGCGUCCCAAAUAAAUACGUAUGUGAUGGUAAACCGCAAUGCCCUUUGGGUGAAGACGAGCUUGACUGUAUUGCCCUGACAAAUGGUAAUGAGAUUACAUUUGAUAUGGAUGGUAGACCUAAAAUCCGAUUUGAAGGCUAUGUAACUAGAAAAAUAAACAACGAUUGGCACGUUUCUUGUGAGGAUACUAUGUCUUUACAUGAUCAAGAAGAAGAAGCUACUAGUAUUUGUAGAUAUUUAGGAUUUAGCGCUGUCAACAAGUUUAAAAUAAAAUACAUUAACCUGAAGGAGAAUAAUCUCGUCGAAUUAACUUUAGAUAGCAAAAGACGGAAAAGAUAUAAGUCGGAUAAAGAACCAGUGUUAUUUAUCUAUAAAAAUAUAGAUCUCGAGGACGAAUCAUCGCGAAGUGUUGUGAUAAAAGAACCACAGUUUUUAAAGGAACAUUGUGUCCCAAAUGUGACAAAAACAUGUACCGCAUUGUAUAUUGCUUGCGACCAAUCGCUAUUCACAAAUUUUGCGAUGUCCCAAGAACUUUUAUUCGGUCGCGAAGCCGAAGAGUCAUUUAAUCAACAGUGGCCUUGGGUUGCCAAAUUAUAUAUAGAUGGACAUUACAAAUGUACAGGUGUACUUAUCGAUAUUUCUUGGAGUUUAUUCAGUAACGAAUGUUUGGAUUUAAGUUUACAGAAGCGUCAAUACAUAACGGUAAUUUUGGGAGCACACAAAACAUUACACUCAACGAAAAGUUUUUAUGAACAAGUACGCAGAGUAGAUGGAAUUAAAGAAUUAUAUAGCAGCAAAGUAGUACUUUUACAUUUACAAGAGCCACUUGAGUAUUCAGCUAUGGUGAAGCCAAUGAUUCUACCAACUACGUACAUACAUGAUCAAAUGAAAACAGUUUGCGUCGCUGUCGGUCAAGACGGUGGUAAUAAUACAGUGAGCGUAUUACUUAAGGAAUCAAAGGAAGCGUGUAGCGUAGAUAAUGUGUGCUUUGUGAGGCAGUCCACUGUAGACGUUUGUCCGAUCGGGUUUACCGUUGAAACAAAAUGGGCGGGAAUAAUUAGUUGCCAUAGUAAACAGGGCUGGUACCCUGCGGCAACUUUUGUGACGUCCAGAGGCGAAUGUAAUGUGGGUAACCGCAUAAUUGCUACUGAAAUUGGAAAUUUAAAACAUCAAAUAAAGUUCUAUAAAGAUACUCCCUUAAUUGAUUUCAACGACCAAGAUUUAGUAGAAGACUGUGGCGGUACGCGCUGCGAGCGAGGUCGGUGUGUCAAAAUGCAUUAUGUGUGCGAUGGCAUCCAACAUUGUGAAGAUGGUAGUGACGAGUCUCACGAAAGUUGUCAAAAGAAAUACGAUAUCUGUUCCAAAGAUCCUCUUCACAGGGGCUGUGAAUGUCCAGCCGGCGAACUAAAAUGCCGCAACGGACAAUGCGUUCCCAAAGAACUCUUCAGAGACGGUCGUAAUGACUGUUCAGACGGUACAGACGAGCCUGGCCAGACCACGUGCUCCGAUUACCUCAGCCGUGUGAUGCCUUCAAGGCUGUGUGAUGGUGUACUCCACUGCCAUGAUAGGAGUGAUGAAGACCCUAUGUUCUGUAAAUGCUUCUCAAAGCAUGCAUAUCGAUGCAGCAAGGACUCACUAAGCGAUGAAUACUGUGUAGCAAAUGACAUGGUGUGCGAUGGAGUGCCAGACUGUCCUAAUGGGGAAGACGAGAACGCAUGCAUUGGGCUUAGCUCUCCGCAGGGAACAUCGCCCGGUAUCGGUGAAGUAAUCAUCCGCUCGUAUGGCGUGUGGUACUCCAAAUGCUACACAACAGAAGAGCAUACAAAAUCUGAACUCGAGGAAGUUUGUCGCGAACUCGGCUUCAUUAGCGGCCAUGCCAAGCAAUUACCAGCCCCAGCCAAGUCGUACAUUCACAACAGCAUAACGUUAGACACAUUUUCCGAUAUCAUACUGAAUAACAGCACAAAAAUAAAACUAAGGAAUAACGAAGCGCCCAUCGCGAGAGGAACGCUCGAUAAUAAUUUAUCAGAUUGCUACCCGCUUUUCAUAGAAUGUUUGUAGACGUAAUUUAAAAAUAACAAGCUUAUUUAUUCCUGUUUUAUGUUAAAAGUUUUAUACAUUAAACGUUUUUAAUAAAGGA